AUUAUCAAUGACUUGGAAGAAGGAACAGAACACAUCCUUAUCAAUUUUGGAGAUGACCCCAGUGUGACGCUGCGGCGUAAAAGUCCAAUACAAUCCUAUGCUGAAUCUAUAGAUUAUAGUAAUGCCAAAUGGGGUUUUUUUGGGGUGGUUUUUAGGAUGGAGGCCCUCGCCAGCAUCGCCGCCACGAAGGAACAGUGCUGCAAAGACAUUGCGCACUUCAACAUGGAGUUUCGGGAGCUCCAGCGGAUCUACAGCCAUGAGACCAAGCUGAAGGCCUUCAUGGCUGUGAAGUUGGUUGACCGCUAUGAGUACGAAGAGCAGGCCAGGAAAGACAAAGCGAUCAAGGAGAAGUCCAGGGCCAAGGCCAAAGGGGAGAGUUUUGAGAGCUACGAAGUGGCCUACAUGCGGCUGCUGAAGCUGACCGAGAACGGCGACAUUGACCGCUUGGUGGACGAAUUCACCAAGAAGGAGAAGAAGAACUUCGCCGCCUUCAGUUACAUCACUGAACUCAACGACGACAACGAGAGGCUCCAGAAGAGGAUCCAAAGUGUCCAG